UCGGGGCACAGAGUUCUGAACGUACCCUGUACGCCUGUAUGUGUCGGGACUUUUCAGUGAUCUUUUGGCAACAACCAUUACUGUUUUAGGUAAUAUUCAGGAGAAAAGUUUAAACCAUACAGAAUGGGGCGUGUUAGAACGAAAACUGUGAAAAAAGCGUCUCGUGUGAUCAUUGAAAAAUAUUACACUCGUCUCACCCUCGACUUUCACACAAACAAGAGGAUUGCAGAAGAAAUUGCAAUUAUUCCUAGUAAGAAACUAAGAAAUAAAAUCGCAGGGUUUGUUACACAUUUAAUGAAAAGAAUUCAAAGGGGGCCUGUUCGUGGUAUUUCUAUCAAAUUACAAGAAGAAGAAAGAGAAAGGAGAGAUAAUUAUGUCCCUGAAGUAUCUGCUAUUGAUAUGGACGUUAUUGAAGUUGAUCCAGACACCGACGAAAUGUUGAAACAAAUGGAUGUUGGUAAAAUUCCUGGAUUACAAGUUGCAAUGCCGUUUGCUGGAAAUCCUAGAGUGUAAUAAAUAAAAAGUUCUUCAUUUAA